AUGGAUUCAAAUCCUCCAAUAAUUUCAUUGGGCUUUGGUUUGAUUGAUCGUCGUUAUAAAGCAUUGGCAAGAGAAGCUGGACUGAAAGUGAAGAAAUUUUCGCCGAAAACGGAUAUUUUGGUCUCGACGAGUGUUCUGGAUGAGAAUUAUCGGGUAAGCGUCUCUUUGGGAAUUCCCAUAGUAAGGCCCGUUUUUCUUGAAUAUGCCGCUAGUUUUGAAGAGAAUUUUCAACUGACACCAGAUUUGAUUUCUAAGAGCAAGCUUCCUCGUUUUGCGGGUGCCCGGGUCUUUUUUGCGCUAUUUACUGAAGAGGAAAUGGCCUCGAAAAGAAAUCUAAUAGAAACUUAUGGUGGUUCUAUUUGUCAAUCAUCUACUGACGCCACUCAUGUGAUCGUGCCAUUUGGAGAAGAAUACCCGGCUGACAGUCAGCACUAUGUGGUCACAGAUCAGUGGAUCACCGAAUCGCUAAAUCUCGGCUGGUGUGCGAAUGAGAAACUCUUCUUCGUGACGAGUCGACAAGGGAAAUUGAUGAGAAGAGAUGCGUUAAGGAGGGGACAAUGCGAAUCUGGGAAAAAGACACAUACGAGUUUCCGCAAAUUGACUCAAUGGAGAACGAAUCGAGCAGAUUCGAUAAAGUAUAAACGAUACACGCAAACUGGAGAGUUAUACAAAAAUGAAAUGGAGACUUUGAGAAAAUUGGAUGCAUUGAUCAGAAUAAAGAAUCUCAACAUUUAUUUGAGUCCAGCACAAAGCGAUAUUGUUUUUGGGAAUCUAGAGGCACUUCACGCGGUUCACUCGAGAAUUGUCGAUAGGUUGGCGAAAGUUUUCUCUACAUGGGCUGAUGACAGUGUGAUCGGGAUUAUCUUCAUCGAAGAGAGUGAAGCCCUUGAAGCAGCCUAUGCGCCAUAUCUUUUCCGUGUUCAAUACUCACUCGAAUCGUUGAAAGCUUUCACACAAAGAAAUCCGAAAUUCAAAGCAUACAUACAAGGUUGUGAAAACGAUCGAAUGUUGGGUCGACACAAAGUUAGCGAUUUAAUCACCGCUCCCUAUCAAGAGCUUACAAAUAAAAUAAAUGUGCUUUUGAAAGAAAUUCUAAAGAACACUCCAGAGAAUAUGCCCGAUUUUGCUUCACUUCGUCAAGCAGUUUUUUGUAUUACGGAGAUUUUAAGCCGAGUCAACGAAAUGAAACGCGUGAAUGCCGAGGUGGAAGCGAUUUAUCGACAAAUCGAGAACAUUCCGGCUAGAAUUGUUGCAUCAAUGAGACGUCUCCAGCAUCGGUGUGACAUCGAAAGUGUUGGCGGAACGGGUGAAUGGAGUCGUUUCUCGAGAACUUGUCUUCAUUUAAUCAUGUUUGAUGAUCUAUUAAUGAUUUGUCAACCUCAUCAAAAAGCGAUAUCUUGUGUGAAUUUAUCAAAUCAAGACGCGGUUUUGAGUUCUUGUAAAUAUCGGCAAGAGGAAAGUGUUGAUUUGAGCUGUUUUCGAGGGGUUUUGAGGGUUCUGGCUGAAGGCUGUGACACAACUUACAUUUUCACAAUUCGAACCGAAGUCUCUGAUGAUGAAUGGGCGAUUCGAGGAGAAAGCCUCGAGACUUUGAUUGGGAAACUGGCGGUUGAGAUCAACAACGCUUCUGACGAUCGCUUUUUCACGAGUGAAACGAUCAAGUACACAGAAGUGGAUGAGGAAAGAAAAGCUCAUUUGAGGAAACUCGUCGCGGCUCCAAGCUUUUCCUCUUCAAUCAACAAUGAAAAUUCUCCAAUAGUCAAGCUGAGAACCUACUCGAAAAGAUUGACAUCAAGAAAGAGACGGGAGAAAUCUUUGCAGAGAUUACCUGAGCCUGUACUUCAGAAAGCCCCAUGCCUGGCACGCCCAAAAAGUGAAUACGGUCUUCGGAACUCAAUGCCUGAUCUCAUUCCACUUCAAGAAUCUUCGAGAAGUCUCUCCUCAUCCGUUCAACUCGCCCCGAUCAUCAGAGACAACGCAAUGUUGUAU